AUGAACGUCGAUUACAGAUUCUCCUCCCUCCAAAACUUUGUUUCCCAACUUGACUUGCGCUGUGGUGCUGAAGGUACACCGGAGUAUGCAAAUCCGUCAGUAGUUGAUGAAGAAGAAGUGUUUCCAUCGCUUCUAUAUUAUGUCGACAUCUUUACACAGCAACCAGACUUUGAUGCAAAUGAGGCUGAAGAGAGUGGUAAUGGAACAGCGGAGCCAGAAGCGAGUUCAUCACGCAAGAGUUGA